CGCACCGCUGUAGUUUUUCUGAAGGGUUUCCCUAAUGUGAGAAUGACAGCUAUCAAAAUGGCGGAGGGCAAUAGAGAAAAGUGAUGAGGACAGGGCAACAAAUGAGACAACUAUCCUCAAUUUAUUAUAUUAUUCUCACUGUUCAUCGGAUAUUCUCGAAAACAUUUAAGGUUUGGUGAGACUUGUGCAGAGCAUAGUUUGUUCGUCUGUUGAAGAUUUAGCUAGCUAACGUUAGCUAGUUUGCUAUCUGCGGAAGAGGCACAACUUCAAGACAUUGCAGCUAAAAAAACAAGCAAUGUUUUUGAGCUGAUUCCGUGAUAGCUAGGGACUUUGUAAAUCCGGCAUUUUAAUUCCAAUAACGCAAGGUAUCAUUAGCUGGACAUAAGCAGCUUUGCACUCCUCCGAUUUGGGUUAGCUACAGUAACUCAUUUAGCUAGCAAACAAAGUGGCGUCAACUGAGUACGAAUUUUGUUGAUUGUUUAUUUUAUGACGACAUGGCUCAUUCCCCGGUUCAGAGUGGCAUUCCAGGGAUGCAGAACUUUAAAGCUGAUCCGGAGGAGCUGUUCACCAAGCUGGAGAGGAUAGGGAAAGGCUCUUUUGGAGAGGUGUUCAAAGGCGUUGACAAUCGGACUCAGAAAGUAGUGGCCAUUAAGAUAAUUGACCUCGAGGAGGCUGAGGAUGAAAUCGAAGACAUUCAACAGGAGAUAACGGUCCUCAGCCAGUGUGACAGUCCCUUUGUAACCAAGUAUUACGGAUCAUAUCUGAAGGAUGCAAAAUUAUGGAUUAUUAUGGAAUAUUUAGGAGGAGGAUCAGCUCUGGAUUUAUUGGAGCCCGGUGCCUUGGACGAAACCCAGAUUGCCACAAUUCUCAGAGAGAUUCUGAGAGGACUUGAGUACCUGCACUCUGAAAAGAAAAUCCACCGAGAUAUUAAAGCCGCUAACGUGUUGCUAUCGGAGCAAGGAGACGUGAAGCUGGCAGACUUUGGAGUGGCGGGGCAGUUAACGGACACCCAGAUAAAGAGGAACACGUUCGUGGGCACUCCCUUCUGGAUGGCACCUGAAGUCAUAAAACAAUCUGCGUACGACUCAAAGGCAGAUAUAUGGUCGCUAGGUAUAACAGCCAUAGAGCUAGCCAAAGGAGAGCCACCCUACUCAGAGCUUCACCCUAUGAAGGUCUUAUUCGUCAUCCCAAAGAACAACCCGCCCACCCUGGAAGGAAACUACUGCAAACCCCUCAAAGAAUUCAUAGAAGCCUGUUUGAACAAAGAGCCCAGCUUUAGGCCAACUGCCAAAGAGCUGCUGAAACACAAGCUGAUCAUCCGGCACGCCAAGAAGACAUCCUACCUUUCAGAGCUGGUGGACAAGUACAAGAAGUGGAAAGCAGAGCAGUCUCGGGAGGACUCCAGCGACGACGAGUCGGACUCUGAGCAGGAUGGCCAGGCGUCUGGAGUGAACGACUCUGGGAAUGAUGACUGGAUCUUCAACACCAUCAGGGAGAAGGACCCCAAGAACUUUCUGAAUGGUGCCGCCCAGUUUGAUGAGCCGGAGAGGAACAAGGUGCAAGACAAUCCAGAAAGGCCUCUGUCACAGAGCUGGUGCGCUAUCAUUUCACCUUUGUUUGCUGAGUUAAAAGAGAACCAGGUUGAGGCAACCAAUGGCAAGCCAGAGGCUGUGGACGAGCUGAGGGAGGCCGUUUUCAUGUCAGAGGAGUCCUGUCCUGGUAUCUCUGACGCCCUGGUGUCUGAACUAGUGCACAGACUACAGAGGUUUUCUCUACCCAGGGCCUCAUCCUCCCAGUGACACCCCCACCCACCCCCCUCUCACCCCUACAGUAGCAGCAGUCCGUCAGUCCAUGGCCUCUGACAUCAACAGCCAUAAUGAAGUCUCCCAGGAAGUUCUCAUCACUCAUUCAUUCACCUAAAGCAAAACCUCAGCCCACUUUUUUUAUCUCUACUUAACAUAUAUUGUCACUUUGCGGCCAGUGACUGGCCGUUGGUGACUGGCCGCAAAGUGACUGGCCGCAAAGUGACUGGCCGCAAAGUGACUGGCCGUUGGUCAGCUGCCACUUUGACUGACAACUGCUGUAAGACCUUUUGGGCUCAAUACCUCCGAUAUGAAUGCAGGACCAUUGAUUCAAACAUUUGGUGUGGCUUAUUCCUAAAAGGUCCUGUAGCCUUUCAGGGAGGAUCUAACUUUCUUGUGUGUGUGUGUGUGUGUGUGCGCAUGUGAGCAUCUCCCUUGAGAUCCUGUGAAAUGUGCGGUAGAGAUUGAAGCUUUCUUUUCAAAACUCAGGUAUCCUGCUUUUGAGUGGAUGGGGUCUUCUGGGAGAAUUAAGAGAUCUGUUGGGUGGCUGUACAAACUUGUAAAUAGGCACAUUUUUACAAAUAUUGAGAAAUAAUGGAGUGUACGCAAAGGAAUCUCUGUGUACAAGUGGCCAAAUGCUUCUGUACAUAUAUUCUGUUAGAAAGGGUCAAUGUUUAAAGAGACAUGUAAAUGGUCUUAACUAAGAUUGCCUGGCCUUUAUUACUUGUUCUUUUGUAUUUCAGUCAUGGAUUCCCUCUUGUUUUAAUACAUUAUCUUCGAUUCCCUCUUGUUUUAAUACAUUAUCUUCGAUUCCCUCUUGUUUUAAUACAUUAUCUUGGAUUCCCUCUUGUUUUAAUACAUUAUCUUGGAUUCCCUCUUGUUUUAAUCAUACAUUUUCAAGGACACAUCCAUUCAAUGACAAUUGCUUCCCUCUGUCGUGUUUUUAUGUUAAUUGAAACUUUGGCCACUUUUUUUUUGUUUCUUUUAAAUGCUCUUUGACCUUUUUGAUGUCACACUCCAUUACAUGGCUGUAGUUGCCAUGCAGUGCAGAGCACAGGAACAGAGUCUUUUCAGCUGGACUACUUCUAACCCUCUCUAGUCUUGACACUGGGUUCUAUGUUCUCUGGCCUUCAUGAGACAACAUGGUUUCAUGACAAGAUGUCUGUUGGAUUGUUCCUCUGUCACAUCACCUGUGUAAAAUGAGUGCUUUUGUUCUAUUGAAGGUUCCUCUUUUCUUUUUUUCUUAACAUAACGGUAAAUUCAACUACAUCAUCCCACAACAGACACGUCUUCUUUGGAACUGCAGUGGUACAAUCUAUUCCCAACAGCUUGAAUUGCACUUUGAAAAUUAAAACCUUUAAAAAAGAAUAUUGUAGACAAAGUAGCCGUAAGGACCGCAUGAUCAUUAUUGUACAGGCAUGUGUCAAUGCUACAUAAGACAACUGUCCACCUGAGGCAACACAGCUUGGAGCACAGCAUAACAGAACAAUGUAAAUGUGAAUUCCACCCAAAGUUUAGUUGAAAAGGAUUGCAGAAGUGCAUUAUGGAGUGUUCAUACUAGUUGACGUAGAGUAGCAGAAAGCCAGCAGCCAUUAGGAAGCAUACCGCACUUCCCUGCUGCUACUGACCCCCCCGUGUAGUUUUAAAUGAAUGUGUGUUAAUGUACAAGCAUUUCGCUACACCCACUAAACACGUGUUUCCAUAAAGUUUAAUUUGAUGAAAAAUAACUCCUGUGACUUGGCCUACACACUAUCUAUUUAACGAGGCAAGUCAGUUAAAAACAAAUUAUUAUUUACAAUGACGGCCUAGGAACAGUGAGUUAACUGCCUUGUUCAGGGGCAGAACGCUCUAACCACUAGGCUACCUGCAGUCCCUAAUAUGCAUUGUAGCAUGCAUGCUAUAGGACUCUUAACCUGAUGUCCUGGACCUUGAGUGUUAAAAUCAGCCUUAGCAACUUUGUCGAGAGUGGGGUGCAGUCACAGCUUUAAAAAAUAUUUGCGCCAAGUGGCAUGGACAAAUUUAACAAUUGAUUUUUUCAAGUGAAUGUUUUUUGCUCUUUACAUGGGGUUAGAUACUAUACCUUCAUAAAUCACACAGAAGUAUGAACACUGGGUUCCUAUGGGAUUUCAACAGCUACUGGAAAGCCUCUUUGUAUUAGCUGUGUUCAGAACCAAUGUGAGAGUAUUGAACUGUUUUUUUCAGAGUUUUGGGCAUUUGGUACCCCCUGUUUGAUUCCACUUCUGUUGACCUGUUUUCCAACAUUUGAGUGGACCCCUUUUUCUCUAUUUCCAUUAUUCCCCUUAUGUCACACAUGAAAGUGCCAUGUAUGUACGCCCAUCUUUUUUUGGUUUUGUAAUUUGCACCUUGUGGAGACAACUGUCCGGUUUGAUUCUUUCAGUGUUGCACUUUGUAAGCGUUUUCUUCAGGAUUCAAGUAAGAAAAAUGGUACUUGAGGCCAUGGUUUUUUUCGUUGUCAUAUCUUACAUGAUUACUAGUAAACCUUUUGAGUAUGGCAAUAAAGCAGUGGGGUCGUCAGGACACAUUUGUCAGCACAGGUAUAUGCUACCGAACAAGAAUAUUUUUUAUAACUCACACGAGCAGUAUGUAUAGAAUACAAAAAUAUUGUCCUCUGUUAUUAAUGAUCAUCACAUUUAAAAAAUGUAAAUGUCAUUUUCUGUAACAUUGCGGACAGUUUAUAGUCCUGUAUAUAAUCAUUGCUUAUGUCACUCAAAUUCCAAGAUAUUGGGAGUCUUUGUAAGCUUUCAAGUGAUUAAAAUCGAAUGCAAAUUUAAA